AUGUCGUCCAAACUUUUAUCUGUUUUCUCUCAUGAAAUUUCAACCUUAUUAACCGAUAAUGAUGAAUAUAAUGUGACAAUUUAUGUUGGAAAAGAUGAAAGCAUGAAAACAUUUCGAGCUCAUUCGUUGAUCUUAAAAGCUAGAUGUAAUUACUAUAAAACUGCUUUAUCCAAACAAUGGGCUAAAAAAGAAGGUGAUUCCAACAUAUUAAGACAGCCUAAUAUUUCUCCAAAGAUUUUCGAAAUGAUUCUUAAUGGAACGAUUACGUUAAAUGAUAUGAGCAUAAUGGAAGUACUAGAAAUAUUAUCUGCCGCUGAUGAAUUAUCACUCACGAAUUUAUUGGAUUUUAUUCAAGAUCAUUUAAUAAAAAUAAAAUCAGAAUGGUUACAUUCUAAUAUCAUAAAUCUUUAUCAGGCUACAAUAUUACAUGCAAUUCUAUCUGAAGAAUUAGAAGAUGAUAUCGUUAGAUGUCAUUUGAAAGUUGGUAGUAAACCCAAAUUGAGCACAGAUUUACCAAGAAAUAAUUCUGUUUUAAUAACCUUUGGUUCGGGACAUUUGGAAACCGGUGAAAGUUUUCUGUUCUCAUUUGGAAAUAGAGAUCUAUUAGAAGAUGUAAAGAUUAGUAAUGUUAGUAAUGAUAAAUAUGCUAUUACUUUGAAUGACGAAGGUUAUGGUCCUUGUUUUGGCGAUAAAGAUCUUUGGAUGCGUGGUAAUUUUAGUCAGCCAGAUAGCUGUAGUUCUCAGCGAGACGAUUACGAGAGCCGGGUCACAAGACAUCAAAAAUUCUUUGUUUCCGAAUAUGAAGUCUUUAAGAUAAUUAAGAAAUAA